AUGGGUGCAGCCUAUCACAUUGUCCAAGAUGUUCUGUCAGGCUAUAAUGGAACUGUUUUCGCCUAUGGACAGACAUCGUCGGGUAAAACCCAUACCAUGGAGGGUGUGAUUGGCGAUCAAGUAAUGCAGGGUAUCAUUCCACGGAUAGUACAAGAUAUAUUCAAUCACAUCUAUACUAUGGACACUGAACUAGAAUUUCACAUUAAAGUUUCCUACUUUGAAAUUUACAAUGAGAAGAUUCGUGACUUGUUGGAUCCUGAAAAGGUGAAUCUCUCGAUUCACGAAGACAAGAAUCGUGUCCCCUAUGUGAAAGGAGCCACUGAACGAUUCGUUGGGAGCCCCGAUGAAGUGUUACAAACGAUUGAAGACGGGAAAAGCAAUCGAAUGGUUGCCGUUACUAACAUGAAUGAACACUCGUCUCGUUCUCACUCUGUUUUCUUAAUAACUGUAAAACAAGAGCAUCAAGCAACAAAGAAACAGCUUGCUGGCAAGUUGUACUUGGUGGAUUUAGCAGGUUCUGAGAAGGUUAGCAAAACUGGUGCUCAAGGAACUGUGUUAGAAGAAGCGAAAAAUAUUAACAAAUCUCUAACAGCACUUGGUAUCGUCAUUUCUGCAUUAGCUGAAGGAACGAAAUCUCAUGUCCCAUAUCGAGACUCGAAACUCACCCGAAUUCUUCAAGAAUCCCUAGGAGGAAACUCACGAACAACCGUCAUCAUUUGCGCGUCUCCUUCUCAUUUCAAUGAGGCCGAAACGAAAUCAACUCUUAUGUUUGGUCAACGCGCGAAGACCAUCAAGAACGUUGUCCAAAUCAAUGAGGAGCUUACUGCGGAGGAAUGGAAGCGCCGAUAUGAGAAAGAGAGGGAUAAGAACACCCGCCUUUCUGCUGUUAUUCAAGCUCUUAAUUUGGAAGUAUCACGAUGGCGAGGGGGUGAACGUGUCAAUGAGGCUGACUGGAUCAACCUCAAUGACACCGCUGGCCUUUUGGCUGUGUCAGACACGCCUACAGAUUCGACAACGCCAUCAAUGGAGAGAUCGAUGAUCGCCCCAGCACCGCCGAUGCUCACCUCCGUUACUGGCCCGAUCACUGAUGAGGAGAAGAAGAAGUACGAGGAGGAGCGAGUAAAGCUGUACCAACAACUCGACGAGAAGGACGACGAGAUUCAGCGAGUCAGUCAAGAGCAUGAGAAGCUGAAGGCUCAGGUCUUGUUGCAAGACGAAUCGAUUCAAGCGAUGCGAGAGAAUGAGGAGACGUUGCGUGAAGAGCUUGUUCGCAUUCAGAAGGAAAGUGACGACAAACAGAAUGAAACCAAAGAGAUGAUUUCUGCUAUCGAAGAUAUCGCCGUCCAACUUGAGGUGCGAAACGCUGAAUAUGAGAAAUUGAAGAAGGAGCUUGAAAUCGUGAUGGAAGAGAACCAGCAACUAGAAGAUAGUUCAAGUCAAGCGACUAGUGCUCUGAAUGCGCAUUUGGAUGAGUGUGGUCCCAAGAUCAAGCACUUCAAGGAUGCCAUAUAUAACAUCAUCCGCGAAUAUAACAUCGCAGAUAUCGUCAACCAGAAUGAUGUCCUUCCUGACCAUGAACUUCUCAACCACAUGCGAAUCGGAGUCUCAAAGCUUUUCAGUGAGAACACAGCUGCGAAAGAGGUAACAAAACAGUUGUUUUUCCUUGAUUUACAAUUUUUUUGCGAUAAUCUUCAUUGUAUUGUUUGUAAGCAUCACCUCUAG